AUGGACGGACUCAACAUGUUGCGCCUACCGUCGCUUAUCGCCUUUCUUACAACAUGGAGCCUGGUCGCAGCGCAUACCGUUGUCACAUAUCCAGGAUGGAGGGGAAACAAUUUGAUCACCAACGGAACCACUGUCAGCGGUGCGAUACCGGAAGGCUCUCUCGGAAUCAACUAUGUCGAUGGCCAGCCCAGCUACCCCUACGGCAUGCAAUGGCAGUACCCAUGCGGCGGCAUGCCGAUGUCUCGCAAUCGCACGAAGUGGCCCGUCACCGGCGGUGCAAUCGGCGUCCAGCCAGGAUGGUUCUCAGGACACGCAACUGCUCUGUUCUACAUCAACAUGGGCUUCGGCAACGAGCCCAUGAACUACUCGCACAACCUCGUUCCGGUGUUCCAGAUCGCCGGGCCGUCGAACAGCUUCUAUCACGGCUCAUUCUGCCUUCCCCGGAUAUCGCUGCCGCCGAACGUCACCGUCAACGUCGGGGACAACGCCACGAUACAAAUCAUCGAGACGGCCGUGCAUGGCGCUGCGCUGUACAAUUGCGUCGACAUCACUUUCGCCGAGCCAGAGGACGUGCCCCAGGUCAACAGAUCGAACUGCGAGAACUCGACGCUGCAGGGGGAGAAGAUAGGCUUCAAUCUCCUCUACACGACCCCGAAUCAGGAGUCGGCGGCGCCCCUGCUGCUGUCGGGAUCCAACAGCUUUCUGGCGCUCUUACCAGCGCUGGCCGGAACAUUAGCGGCCAGUCUGUGGGUGUGA